AUGUCCACCACAGAAACCACGGCCGAUGAAGAACCAUCCGCCACCGCUCCCUCUGUGCCGCUCACAGAGUUGGAUCCCCACGAAUCCGUUGGCGAUCAGCAGCACUGCUUAGUCUGCUAUUCCGAGCUCCAUCAUCCGGGUAUUUCACCGUGCAACCACAACGAAAUUUGUGGCGUCUGUCACCUGCGGUUACGUCACUUGCACGGCAACAGGAAAUGUCCCAUUUGCAAGGAAGAACAUGACAAGAUCAUAGUGGACACUCCUGGUAAGACGUUUGACGAGUAUCCCAUGUGGGGAGACGAACUGGGUGGAAAUUAUAUCUAUCGUGAGAAUGUGGGCAUGUUUUUUGAGCAUUCGCAUUAUCACGCAGAGAUUCAACCCCUCUUUGGCUAUCAGUGCACGCAACAAAACUGUCCUUACGAUGGUACUGUACCCGAUAAUGAGGAAGAAGCAGCAGAGGAAGUGGACGCAGAAGGCAACAAACAGCAGCAGCAGCAAAAGAAAAAGCCAAAGAAACCAGCCACGCCGUUGCGGUCUCUUCAAGAUCACUUGCGCGUCAAACACAGGCUGGCACUCUGCACGCUCUGCAUCGAUAACAAGAGAGACUUUGUGGCGCGCUUGCCACGAAUGGCCCCACACCAAUUGAAGAAACACUUGACCAAAGGAGAUCCGGGGACUGGCUUUGGCGGGCAUCCCAUUUGCGAGUUUUGCAGGCCCAAACGUUUCUAUGAUUUGACCCAUUUGCACCUUCACUUACAGAAGGAUCAUUACAAGUGCCAUGUCUGCGAAAAACAAGGCAUGCAGAAUCAGUUUUUCCGGAAUUAUCAAAACUUGGAAAAACACUUUGGCAAGGCACACUUCAUCUGUCAGGAUGUCCAGUGCUUGCAAGCCAGAUUUGUAGUGUUUGAGAACGAGAUUGAUCUUCACGCACACGAACGCCAAGUCCACGGAGGAACCACUACGGGAUCCUCAAAAAUUCAAUUGGAGUUUAGGACACGAAGAACAGGAUAUGAUGGGUCUGGUGUCGAACAGGCAAGACAAGAAGUGCCCACGGAAGAGGACUUCAACUUUGGACUACAAGGAGAAGCGUUUGUUCCGGCGGCCUUGCCCCGGAAUGAUGGCCCAACGUUGCAUCCCCUGCAUCUACAGCGCACUGCCGAAUUCCGGGCCCAUGCAGCUCAGAUUCGUGAACAACAAGAACUGGAGAACCAAGGCGUAUCAUUUCCCACAUUACAAGCAGCCACGGGCGGAGACGGGUCGGCGGCUGCGGGGCAGCAACCAUUGAAUAUUGGUUGGACCUCUUCGAGCACUGUCCAGAGAGUCGCUCCCAGAAACAAAAAUGCUGGAGCCGUCACGGAAACAGAUUUUCCGGCCCUUCCUUCGUCGGCUGGACCGAAGAGUACCGGCGUCAGGGCUGGAGCCGUCGCCAGCAACCGACAAUUCGCAGCAAUGCGUGGUGCUGCGCAUCAGCCCGUACCCGCUGCCGGUGGGUGGGGUACACGGGCGCAACCAGUGGCAGCUGCGCCGCACUCGUAUCAGCACAACAGCGCUGCGUUCCCUCCGGUCGCAAUGGCUCCCGCGCAUCGAAACCGCGCGGAGAAUCUAACUCAAGACAACUUUCCGGCUCUGGGUGGAGGCUCCAAAAAGCCAGCAAAGUACACUGCUGCAGGAAAUCUCUCCAACAAGUACAACAAACAACCAGCUCCGUCAUGGAACAGCGCUGUCGACUUCCCAGCUCCCGCCACAUCGAACGCGGCGGCAAGGCCUGCAGCGCGUCCCGUAGUUUCAGCGCAUGUACCCAAGAAGGCCCCUCCUUCGCUGAACAGCCAAACGGACUUUCCUCCGCCCCCCGGCGCAAGCAACAAGAACAAUUCGGUCAAGAACCGAGUCAUUGGAAACAAAAAGCAACCUACGCAAGCCGCCAGGGCCAACGUCUUGCAAAUGCCGCAAUCUACACUGGCACCAGCGAAUCCCCAGGAUACCUUGAAUGACAUGCAGGCAUCCCUUGGGCCAGCCAAGUACAAAAAGCUCAAGAAGUUGACAAGAGAUUUCGCCACUGGUGACCUUGAGCCGGACUCCUACGUGGAUCAAGCCGCGGCUUUGUUUGAGCAGGGAUAUGGCGACCCCGACUUUUGGAAGACUUUCCCAGCAUUGGUUUCGUCGUGUCCCAGCGACUCUUCUGUGAAUGAGGCAUUGCGCUACAUGGAGUCGCUGCGGACCAGGUAUUCGAAAGCACCGCCCGCCCCUGCGCCCAGACUGACAUCCGCUCCGCGCCCAGCUGCCAGCUCGUGGAAUGCCGCCCCACCGGAUUUGACACCGGAGUCAUUUCCUACGAUGUCGCCUGCUUCUACGGGUAGGGCUCCUGCCGCUGCUUCUGGUUGGGGUGGAGGCCCUAGCCUUGCUGCUGUUUCCUCUGCCAGACCUGCUGGUACCCGGUAUGUGGUUGCCAAUGGGAAGAAGAAGGGCGCAUGGGGUGCAGGAGCAGCUCCGACGAGCGUCACCCAAACAAACAAAAAGACAGUGGCCAGUGUAGCUACCGCAGCAGCCAACGAAGGACCGCAAGGCGGAACCGCCACCAAGUUCAUGGCCAAGCAAAAUAAGCAACAGAACCAACAGCAGCAACCGCAGGGCAAGAAGAAAAACAAGAAGAAAGAGAAAGAUGAACUCCGCAAUCUGGCCUUCGGGAAGUAA